ACACCAUCAUCGACAUGCCCGCGACAACGACAACUGGACCUGACAAGUACUCGGUCAUCCUGCCGACGUACAAUGAGCGUAAGAACCUGCCCGUCAUUACGUGGCUGCUAGCGCGGACAUUUGAGAGCAACGGCCUCGACUGGGAGAUCAUCGUCGUCGACGACGCAAGCCCAGACGGCACACAAGACAUCGCGCGGCAGCUCGCAAAAACAUACGGCGACGACAAGGUCGUCCUCAAACCCCGGGCGGGCAAGCUCGGCCUGGGCACCGCCUACGUCCACGGCCUCGAGUUCUGUACCGGCACCUUUGUGAUCAUCAUGGACGCCGACUUCUCUCACCACCCCAAAUUCAUCCCCGAGUUCAUCAAGCAGCAGAAGCUGCACAACCUCGACAUCGUGACGGGGACGCGGUACGCGUCGUCCCCGUCGCCGCCGUCGUCUGCGCAAACGCCGGUCGGGCUAGGCCCUGGGGGCGUAUACGGCUGGGAUUUGAAGCGCAAGCUCGUGUCGCGCGGCGCCAACUUCCUCGCCGACACGGUGCUGCGGCCCGGCAUCUCAGACCUCACCGGCUCGUUCAGGCUGUACCGCCUGCCGGUGUUGCGCGACAUCAUCGGGCGGUGCACGAGCAAAGGCUACGUGUUCCAGAUGGAGAUUGUCGUGCGCGCGCGCGCGCUGGGGUACACGCUCGGCGAGGUGCCCAUCACUUUCGUGGACCGCAUCUACGGCGAAAGCAAGCUCAGCGGCAACGAGAUUGUGGGGUACGCGCAGGGCGUCGGCAGCUUGUGGUGGAACGUGUGAUACAUGUACUAUUACAUUAUA